AUGGCGUUUCCGGCGCACGUGCGUCGAUGUCUCUGCUUCCUCACCGAGAUCCUCUUCCUUGCGGGCCUCAUCUGGCUCCUGCUGCUUUUUCUCGCCACGCUGCUGGGAGGCUCACAGGGCGCCGCCGAGCGAGCCGGAGGCCUCAUCAUCGGCAUGGCCUUCUUGCUGCCUGCACCGCUUCUCUUCAUUUUCGACCUAGGACUCAGACGCUACUCACACGGCUCCAGACAGGUCGUACCGGAGACCUCGUCUUGGUCUUCCGGCGUCUUGUGGCCCGCUGCCCGUCGUAGCCGAAGGGCCCCCGACCCGAGCCCUAGGUCCAGUCCCGACGUGCUGCCCGAAGAGCCGGGCGCCUCGGCGAUGCCCCAGUGGUGGGCCGAGCGUCCGCCCACGUACGACGAGGCCAUGCGCAUGCCCAAGCUGGAGGAACUGGGGCCCAGGGUGCACCAGAGCGGCAGGGGACACGUCAUCUUCCACGUCAAUUUCCAUACUGGACACAGCCAUAAGUGGAUUUUGGCCGUUCCCGCCGAUGAACACCGCCGGGUGGACUUUGAGGGAGAAGACGGGGAGCAACUCGCGGCCGUUUUCGAUAACGAAACCCCUUUACUCGAGGUGUGCGCUGGCCAGUGUGCGAUAGCUAAACACGUGCAUCAAUAUGCUAACCUUCCGGGUCAUCAAAUGUGA